AGACGGAGGGGAAGUGGUGAGGAUGCCUUACAGUGGCAGCAGCAGUCGGCUCUUCGUCUCUCAGCAGCUCAGCUCACGUCAACCUGCUGCUGGAGUUUCCUCACGCCAGAACUCAGCAUCCUGACGCUUCAGAAUCUGGAUUUGAAUCCAGAACCUUCAGAGCCAAGAGAUGAGGAAACUUCUCGGUCAUGAACAAACCUUUGUUUUGUCCCGUUUGCAUUUUGGGAAACUCAGGAUCUAAGCUGUUAUUGUGGAGGCUUCUGGAGCUAAAGGCUUACAAAAACUGAAAAGUACCUCAGAGUUAUGGAGUAGCUCAGACAGAACAGCCUGUACAAGGAGCUGCCAGCUGGGGAAAUGAAGUUUCCAUGAAGCCCAUCAGUCGUAAAGCUGUGUAUCGUUGGUUCAUUCAUUAGUGAGCACAAAAAAACAGGAAGUCAGUGAAAGUUGGAGGAAGAACAGCCGAGCUUCCCUUUGGUUAAGUUCUCUAAAUCCAAAAGAUGUCAACAGAGACCGUCGACAAGGAAGGAAGAGGAACCAAAACCUCUAAAACGUCAAAGGAUCACAAAAAGCCCACACCAGAGGCCCUGAAAGGAGCCAUCCAGCUGGGAAUCGGCUAUGCUGUUGGAAACCUGAGCUCCAAACCCGACAGAGAUGUUCUGAUGCAGGACUUCUCCAUGGUAGAAACCGUCUUCUUACCCAGUGAUGGCAGCAACCUGACUCCGGCGCAUCACUUCCCAGAUUUCCGUCUGAAAACGUACGCGCCGCUGGCCUUCCGCUACUUCAGGGAGCUGUUUGGGAUCAAGCCUGAUGACUAUCUGUACUCCAUCUGCAAGGAGCCGCUGAUAGAGCUGUCCAACCCCGGCGCCAGCAGCUCCUGGUUCUACCUCACCAGCGACGACGAGUUCAUCAUCAAGACGGUGCAGCACAAAGAGGCGGAGUUUCUGCAGAAGCUGCUUCCUGGUUACUACAUGAAUCUGAACCAGAACCCGCGGACGCUGCUGCCCAAGUUCUACGGCCUGUACUGCAUCCAGUGCGGCGGCGUGACGGUUCGCGUGGUGGUGAUGAACAACGUUCUGCCUCGAGCCAUAAAGAUGCACUUCAAGUACGACCUGAAAGGCUCUUCCUACAAACGCCGCGCUUCACGCAAGGAGCGCGUGAAGAACUCGCCAACGUACAAAGACCUGGACUUCCAGGAGAUGCACCAGGACGGGCUUUUCUUCGACCCGGACACCUACAGCGCCCUGAUGAAGACCCUGCAGAGGGACUGCAGGGUCCUGGAAAGCUUCAAGAUCAUGGACUACAGUUUGCUGCUGGGCGUCCAUGUGCUGGACAGGAAGCCGCUGAGCAGAGGGAACCGCUGCGACAGCAGGAGGGGACAGAAAGUCCUCUAUUCCACCGCCCUGGAGUCCAUCCAGGGGAACCUGAAGGACCCAGAGCCGGUCGCAGACGACGACACGUUGGGUGGGAUCCCUGCAAAACACAAAGAUGAAAACCUGCUCAUCUUUUUAGGAAUCAUUGAUAUUCUUCAGUCAUACAGGUUCAUUAAGAAAGUUGAGCACUCCUGGAAGGCUCUCGUCCACGACGGGGACACCGUAUCGGUCCACAGGCCCGGUUUCUACGCAGACAGGUUUUUAAAAUUCAUGGGAACGACUGUUUUCAGAAAGCUUCAUCCUUUAAGAGGAGCGUCUUCGAAGAGGAAGAGGAGUUCCCUACAGGUGGGGAAGGCGGCGUCUCAGGAGUUUCUGUCCACGCAGAAAGAGAAGGAGAAAGAGGAGAAGAAGGCGCAAAGCAUGGACAACCUGGAUGGAAACUUUUACAGUUCCUCCAAACAACCAGAUCUUCUCCCCAAAUCUGCUCUGACUGAAUCCAUCCGAAACGACGAAGAGGAAGCUGAAAACAGUGAAGAUCGCCGGGACUCCAGCUCCACUUUAGCUCUGGACGAUCCGCUGCCGUCGCUCAGCAGGAGCCAGUCAGACUCUGAGUUGGAUGUUUACUUGCCUCACACAGACUCGCCCAGGCGACCCAGCUGGAGCUGUUUGUGUUGCAACAUCCAUAAAAAUUGAGGAAGGACUUGUGAGAAAACUUUUAAAAGACUACAAGCAGCAACACACUGGUUCCCGCCUGCCUGCGUCACUCUGAGCCUCCAUCAUCGUCAUUUUCUGUGUUGUCAUCAAUGUGCCAAAUCACUGCAGAUCCAUUAUGAUUCUAUUAAUAGAAGGUGUUUGUUUGUGGUUUGAGAUCCACUGUUCUGACAAAAAACAAAAACACUAAGCUGCCACUGCUUCUUCCUCUUUCACUUAGUUGUUCACUGUGCUGGCAGUAAAUAUUUAAUUUUCACUUUGUUCUCUUUUGCUUCUUCUUCUUUGUUUUACUAUAAAUAUGAAACUUUCUCAGCGGCUGGAUCCCUGAGGACAGAAAUGACUUUCCCAGAAACGGAGUUCAGAGGUGAUUCUGUUACCUGUAGUAUCACAGUGCAGGUUGGACUGCUGUGUUUUUACAUACCGUAUUUCAAUGAAGGGUUGUGCUCUGCCACACUUACAGUAUCAUGCAAAACUUCUGAUAGCACUAAAUAAUACAGAUUAAACUUUCCCGGAACUUACUACUUCCUGGUGGAGCUUACCAGGUACCUUCCUGAGACUUUUCCCAGAUACCUAUCAGAUAAUUUACUGAAAUUGAUUGGUUAUUGGUUUAAAAUAUUUCUGGAAUCUAUUACGUAGGGUCCUGGAAUGGUCCUGGAGCCUCCUUGGUACUUUCCAGGAACCUUCCAUGGACCUUGCUAGGCACAUCCUUGGAAACUACAGGUACUUUUCUUGUAACAUCCCAGUUAUUGGAUUGAGAAUGGACCAGGUACCAACCUGGAAUGUUCUCAGAACAUACCAGAUACAUUUCUGGAAAAUACCAGAUACUUUCCUGAAAUUUGCCAGUGAUUAGCCUAAGACUUUUCUGAAACUUGUGCGGGAGUGUCCUGGAAUGGUCGUAGAACCUUUCUCGCAACUUAACAGAAACAUUUCCAGAGACCACCAGGCUCUUUCCUGUAACUUACCAGUUAUUGGGCUGAGACUUUGCUGGAACUUACCAGAUACCAACCUGGAACAUCAUCGGAACGUACCAGAUACUUUCCUGGAACUGUUCCUAGAAUUUACCAGGGACGUUCCUGGAAACUGCCAGGUACUGUACUGGAACUUUCCAGGUGCUAUCCUGGCAUUUUCAUGGAACCUACUAGGCACUUCCCAAGAAUCUGUCAUGGAACUCAACAGAUACUUUCCUGAAAGCCAUUGGUAUUUUCCUGUAACUUACCAGUUACUGGCCUAAGACGCAACAUUUCAUUUCCUGAACUUUACGAAAUACCAUCCCUGAACUUAGCAGGUCUCAGUCUGAUGGAAAGGUUUAAGUCCAGCGUUAAGUUUCCAGUCAGUGAUGGUCUGGGUCACCAUGUCAACUGCUGGUGUUGGUCUACUGAGUUUUCUGAACACCAGCAGUCUAGCAAUAUUAGAACAAUUCCUUCUAAAGCUUUAUGGACAUGCAGAUGUUUUCCAGCAGGACUUGGUACCUGCCAAAGAUGCCACAAGCUAGUUCAGUGACGAUAUUACUUUGCUUGAUUGGCCAGCAGAUGGACCUGAACAGUAAGGUCCAUUUAAGAUUGCUGCUUGGAAGUUAAACAUAAAAAUUCAGGGAUGAAUAAAUAAUACCAAACAUUAGUUUUCUUAAUUUGGAGAUGUUAGUCUGUUAGCACGCUAAACAUUAGCAUAACUGUUUUGUAGUUGUUACUGUGUGAGCCUAGUAGCAUCUGAACACAGCUGUAGUUUUUUGUGGCAUGAACUAAUCGUUAAGUCUCCAUAGAAAAUUGCUUUGAAGGCAACAGGUGAACAUUAGCAUGUUAGCAUGACGUGCUAAUUUGUUAGCUACAAAUGCUAUAGAUAUUAAUUUAAUAUAGUAGUAGAAAUAUUAGUUUUUCAUUUCCUGCAACAUGUUGUACAAACUGUCAUCAAGAUGGAGCAUCUUAGCCUUUAACGUUGUUUUUAAAUAUUGAAUUGUUAAACUGUGUUGUCAUAGUAACCAUUUACAGGCACAGUCUCAUUUUACCUUCAGAACAUAAUAUGCAGCAUUGUCAAAAUCUUUGUGAUUAUGCAAUAAAAGCUGUGAUUGUUUGAAAUGCCUUAAAUUCUGAUUUUAUGUAUAAAGCGUUUUGUUUUUUUGUCUUUGUUUGGCUUUAGUCCACAUGUUUAAACCAAAUGUGUUUUUCUGUGGUUUUUAAGACUACAAUUGUAAAUUUCUGGAAAAUAAAUUAAUAUUU